GACCCUUACAAGAUUCUAGGAGUCAGACGAGGAACUUCCAAGGCCGAGUGCAAGAGGCAAUAUCGAAGGCUGGCCCAGCAAUACCACCCGGACAAGUGCCUGCACUGCAGCCCCGAGAAACUGGAGGAAAUGGCAGAGACUUUCAUUAGGAUCCAAGCAGCCUGGGAGCAGAUAUCU